UGCUCACUGAAGCGCACAGAGUGUGGCUACCUCUGGAGAGCGCUUCUGCUUUGCUGGCAUUUUAUAGAUGAAGGAUCGUUCGGAGUCUCGGAAUAUGUGGCUUGCCUUCUGCUUGUUCACACUUUGGUUUUCCGUGGCCGGACACUGUCUACCUUUACGGGAUUCCGGUCCGUUGAUUAGCAACGGGUGGGACAAACCUGUCCGGUUUAGACACCUAUACGCGGCGAACAGACAGGGGCUCGCCAGUUACCAUUUGCAGAUAAAUGAAGAUGGAAGGGUGGAAGGAGCUCCGCAUCAAACUUCCUUCAGUCUCUUGGAAAUCAGACCUGUUUCCACUGGAUGUGUAGCAUUCAGAGGAGUUAAAAGUUCACAUUAUCUCUGUAUGAAUAAGGAUGGGAAACUGCGUGGACUGCAAACCUAUAAGGAGGAUGACUGCUCUUUCAUCGAGCACAUUUUGCCAAAUGGAUACAGCCUAUAUACAUCUGAGAAGCACAAGGCAGUUGUGAGCCUCAGUGGAACUAAACAACGGUUUUAUUCCCAAGGGAAGAACAUUCCCCCAUUAUCCCAGUUCUUACCUAUGGUCAGCACUAUCUCCGAUAUAGAUCUUGAAGCUGAAGACCAGUCCUCGGCAACAGAAUCAAGAUUUCCAUCUUAUCCAGAAACUGACAGUAUGGAUCCAUUUGCAGACAGCUCUAGAAUUUAUAUUCCGAGCCCCAGCUUCCACAAGAGAUCACUUAAUAGUUAAAGAACUUUCUUCAAAGGUGAUGCCAUAGUGUUUUCUAUGUUUACAACAACAGCUUAAUUGAUUGCAUCCCACAAUCUGAAUAAUAAGGGAAUUAAUACAAGCUUUCUCAGUCACGUUGAUGAGACAAACAAACAAAAAAAAAUCUUUUUUUUUUCCACCAUAUUGUCUAUUCAGAGUGGAUACUUGAAAAUGCUGAUUGUAAUUUUUGUUUAGCUGUAGCACUUGUUUAUCAAAGGAAUAUUUAUAAAUAAUUUAUUUAAUUUAAACAUAUAUUUUUUUAUACAAAAUAUUUAUUUUUACACUUUUUGACAUGUUACUGGUUAUUUACUGAACUAUGACUUGUAAAUGUUUUCUGUUAAUCACUGUAUUCAUGCUGAGUGUUUUUUUAUCUAAUUAAAUGUUAGUUUUCAGUUUCAUGAAUCUCAAAUAAACAAGUAUGAAUUAAAAAUGUGUUUAUUUAAAAUGAGAUGUUGCAUGUGCUAAAGUACUUAUCCACUCUUGAGUCUCUUAAUUUUUGUGAAAAGUGCAAACUAUAAUACAGUAUAAAGCAGUUAGACCAAUACUUCAUUGUUAUAAAACUGUCUUUCUUGUCUCAAUACACUCAAGAUGAUUUCCAUUAAAUAAAUUACCAUAUGCAAAUGUAUAUCGUCACUUAUAAACCUUUGAUGAAAAAGAAAAAAGCCUGCAUUGUGCUAGUAGAUGAAAAAAGAAAAAAAAUAUAUAAAUAUUAAAGAGAACAUUUACUGUUUGUAAGGUCAUUCAGUUUCAGGUUCGACUUUCGGCCACAUAGAGUUUUCUUGUUCUCCUUAUGUUUUU